AUGUCUUCCUACAACUCCUUCGGCGCUGCAGCUCCCGCAGCUCAGCCCAACUACGAGACAGUCUCCCUCGUCUGCGCUGCCUACAUGAACCACCUCUUCGGCUCAGCGCGCUACCCCUACCCAUGCCCCCGUUCUGCCUGGCAGCCUCACCUCCCCUCCUAUAUCAAAACAGCCCUCAUCUCCUCCCAACUCGACGUCUCCGUCGUCUACCACGCCAUGACCCUCCUCGGGCAGUACAAAGUAGCCCUGCCCGAAAGCGUCGCAUACUACGACGAUGCCUACCGCCUCUUCAUGUCCGCGUACAUCGUGGCAGCGAAGGUCUCGUGCGACACCCCGCACGAGCUCCGAUUCUGGCGCCUCGUCGGGCGGGGCAAGUUCACGUCGGAGGAGUUGGUGAAGAUGGAGCUCGAGUUCUGCCGCGUGCUGAAGUGGGACGUGCAGAUCCAGGCGACGGCGUUCACGUCGUUCAAGGGCAUCGUGGAGAGCUACGAGGGGGUGACGUUUGUGCGGGGAAGUGCUGGAGUCAUCCAAGUGCCCCGCUUCCCGCAGUUCGACGAGCCGCCCCCACGUUACGAGUAUUCCUGGAGGGACGUGAGGAUGCUCGUGCUUCAAUCGGAGGACGACGAGUUGCCUCCGGUGGUGUCGCUGUCGGGCAUGGAAUCGCGCUCCUCCCGAUCACGAGUAGAGCGUGCUGCUCCCCCACCCACAUCCGACGCUGUCCGCACGAAGCCCUCGCUUCGGCGUCGAGUACUUAGCGCCAUUCUUAUCCGGCCUCGCAGCGCAUGA